GUGAUGGUGAUUGGUUGUCGCUUGAUCGGGAAGUAGAAAUGAAAAAUGGUCACAUCACAGGAACAAGCAACCCGACCGGUCACAACGUUCUAAUUGAUGCUCGGUUUGAAUUGCCUACAGGUAAAACAUCUGCAGACGAAUCUAAAGAUUUACAAGUACAGGAAGCAGAAGAACACCAGAAUAAAUAUAAAGUAAUUAACGACAUAAUGGACCAAAGUAUCUCUGCUAUCAAGGAACAGCCCUAUAAGUCGGCUAAUAGGGAAUUUUCAGAGGCAGAAGACAGCGAUUAUACAAGUGACGUGAAUUCAAGUCCAUCCCACCAUCACCACCAUCGACAUUUAGGUCGUUACUCUGAUGACUAUGGUGCUGCACCAGGAGGCUAUUAUUAUGAAAGAGAUCUGGCCUAUGACCCCAGAUAUCAUGACUCCGGCAGCAGAAGAAAUUCAACGGAGCCACUAUCCUAUCUCAGCAAAGAUAACUCGUCUGAUCGUGGUAGGAACGAUUACUACGAGAACGAUUAUCCGCACUCAUAUGACAUACCUCCGUAUUCAGUCAGUUAUAACUCAAGUCCAUAUGUUGACGAUGAUCCUCGACAGAGCGACAUGCAUGGAAUGGGCAGAGACUAUUCUGGGUAUCCGGACGAUGGCGGGGACAUGUAUGCCAGCCAGGAGAAAUGCGAUAGUUAUGAAAAAUAUCACGAUCAACCGUAUGACGAUUUUGAUGAUCCUUACCCGGAGGACAGGUACCCGAAAGGUGGGUACCCGAUGAGCGAUUACCCUUCCCAACAUCAUCUACAGCAUUAUGAUGAUUACGAAGAUGAACGAUACCCAUACUACUCGCGUGACGACAUGCACUCUCAGGACAUUUAUGCUCGUGAAGAUGAAUACCAACUUAGUAGACAGCACGAUGAUCCACAAGUCUAUGACGAUCAGAACGAUUACAAUAUAAGAUAUGAUUGGAAGAACGAGCCAAACCCACACAUGCAUCAGGAUAACGAUGCUCUUUCCCAUGUUGAUUAUUAUAAUUAUGAGCGGUCAAGCCAAGAUAUCGCUCCUACUUACCAAAAUGAAAGCUAUGGUCAGGACCCUUAUGCUAUGGAUUUGUACCCAAAGCGAAUACAAGACCUGGGACUGGAGAAACAACUGCAACCGUUUUCUGACAGUCUCGGAAGUAUCGAAGAACCGACGAGAAGUGAUGUUGAAUCUGAUGGAAGCUUUAGUAAAAGUAGAUUUGACAAAGGAAUUAUACCUGUGAAUGACAGUAAACAGUCCCUUGGCACUGAUAGCCCUCGAAGUAGCCGGAUGUCAUCCCCAAGGGCUAGUCGCUCUGAGCUCCAUCACAGCCAGGAAGAUUGCCUGAGUCAAGAUGCAUUGGAACCUGAAGAAGAUGACUUUGUUGCUAAGAGUGAAGCAAUCAAGAACCAAUGGAGUAAAGGAAUGCAUACUAUUCGCAAGAGUAUGCAAACUGAGGUAGGUAACAAUUUAUCUUGAAUCAUGUAAAGUGAAGAAAAGAAAGAUUGUAGAGCUGUGAGAAUUGAACCACUGACAGUCAAAGUACUAUUGCAACACUAGGCCAGCAGAGUUAGACUGCCCUGGUGGCAAUUGUUCCUCCUGAACAAACAUUUUCUUUCCUCAAGGUUUGCAGACAGUACAGACAUACUCAUUACUAAAGCCCAUGUCUACCACACUGUGGUAGAAGAAAUAUCCAAGAAGCUGAAAGGAAAUGUCCAGUAUGUUUAUUAACUUAGCACUUAUAUAUAUUUGUUAUAGUUUUAUUUAUAUGUUUUAUAUAUGUGUUUUGUAAUAGUAUUGUAUAUUAUUGAUCAUGAUUAUUUUUAGCAUGCUUCAAAGCUUAACUAAGAUAGUGUAGUUGGAUUUGAGCACGAUAUCAAAGUCUCU